AUGAAAUAUCUAUCAUUGGUGAUGUCAUUGUUGUGCUUGACUGCACUCUCAAGAGUACAAUCUAUGCAAGAGUUAUUGGAAUAAACUAAGGAUUAAUAUCAUUUAGAAUAAGAUAUUGAUACUUUUAAAUCGAUACUUGAAGGAGAUUUGGAUAUUAAGAAAGAGAAGGGCACAUCCAAUUAGCUCCCAUCUCUUGUCAAAGGUAAUCAAUUAUCAUAUUAAGAAGAUUCCAUAUAAUAAUCUAUAUUAUUGGCUAAAGGAAUCAAAUCUGAAUAAAACCUAACUAACAGUAAUUAUCCAAAUACAACUUACAAUUACACAUCCAGCUCUAAUAGUUCCAGUAAUUCCUCAUCCUAAAAUACAACCAAUUAGAAUUCAACUAUAAAUUAUGACAAUGGAUCUUCAAAUAAUCAUAAUCCAAUAAAUAGUAGAUAUAUUCCGUCAAGACUAUAAUUGAAAGUUAGAAACCACUCAAAAUUGUAAUAGGGAUAAAUCAAAAACAACACCUAAAAUGUUACUUAUUACAACUCCUCUAGUGGAACUUACGAAUACGUAGUUAUUUAUAAUAACACUGAAACUUAAGAAAAUAAUACUGAAUCUGAGUAUUAUUACUAUCAGAAUAGCAAAGUAGUCACUUUAGAAAGAGAUUAUGAUGAUCAGGGUAAUGUAAUUUAUAGAAACUUCAACUUUAAUUAUUCUUUAAUCGUAGCCUAGAAGUCUACCAACUCAAACUUUAAUGAGAAUAAAUCUGCCUUUGGAACACUCGUUCUUACAAAUCAAACAAUUUCUGCAGCAUAUAAAACGAAUGGAUAUAACAAUAGACUAAUUGAAAACAACAAUGGUGAUUCUGAUUAUGAAAAUUUAGUUUAUGAUUUUAAUGGUAAAGUAGUAUACUCUAAUUAAACCGGAUAUUAUAAUUAUGGUUAUAUUGGCUAUGGAAGUAAUAACUAAUGGUAAUUUAAUGGAUCCGAAUAAAAUAUCGAUGAAUAUCGUUAUGAUGAUCUAAGAGGAGGCCAUGCUUCGAUAGAUCGUGACUAAAAUGCCUCACACAGGUACUCAAGUUAAACUUUAGACCAAAAUGAAUAUUAGUUCUACAGUAAUUUAACUUCAGGAAAUAACUCAUCAAUCAAUCACUAUCGAAUUACAGAUACCAAAAACAUUACAGAAAAAUCAAAUUCUGAAGAGAGAAACAAUGACACAAUUUCAAAUUUUGAUUAUAAGUAUAAAUCAUUUAAAUAAUCAAAAUCGAAUGGCACUUCCUUAAGAUAUAAACAAUAUUCAGCAAGUAAUGAUGAUGAACUUGAUACAUAUUUAAAUACAGUAUAUACUGACUCCACAAUUGAUUACGAUAAAAACAAAACUAUUUUGAAUUACAACUAGACUCUCAAUAAGACCAGUGGACAUUAUUUUGAUAAUACCACCAUCUAUUCUGGAGCUUCCAACUAAACCUAUGAAAAUGUAGAAGGAUCCAAAUCAAGAUAUGCAUACGAUUAUGGUGACCAUGUCUCUUAAUAUAUCACUGGAUCAAAUCAUGGAAUUCUAAAUGAAACUAAUUCAGAAUACACUAGCGGACCAAACACUACAGUGACAACCCUCGAUUCCAAAGUCACAACCGGCGGUUCAUAUAAUUAUCAAGGAGACCUUAGUGGGUCAAGUUAGACAACCCACACUUAAUCAACAGUAGAAGAGUCAAAAUAAAAUUUCAAUCAAUUAAGAGGUUCAAAGAAAUAAGCCUCAGGAUCAUGGAGAUAAAUUGAAACUGCAGAACUUUAACAGUCUAAUUCAUUGAUCAUUGAAGAUGCCAUUAAAGAAAUUAAUAUUAAAUUCAAUCCUUAACAAGAUGGAUAUCAGUUCGAUUCAGUUAUUAGCGUUUAAGAAUAAAUUGUUUCAGGAAUCAACUACAAGAUAUAUUUAAAUUAUUCAAAUCCAAAAUUUGAAUAAUAGAUAUAUGAAGUAAUCAUUAAUUCAAUUCCCUGGUAAAACAGUUCCAAUCAAGUAGUCAAAUCAGCUAGAUUCGAUUAGAUUGAAAAUUGGACAAUAAAUGGAUGGUUAUAAAUAAAAAUAACAAAAGAAUUUUACAAAAUUAAUUUAUUUUGA